AUGCUUCCAAGAAACCCAAUAGCGAGGGACACAGCAGAGCUUCCAUCUUCAUCAAGCCCUAGCAGCUCCGCCAAAACCAGACCCUCUUCUCGCAAACACAAACCCUCCAAAGAAAACGAUCCUCCUUCAAAUCACAACAUCAUCGUCCCUUACUCCCCCUCCCAUGUCAAAUCCAAGAGUCCGUUACCACCAAGACCUCCUUCUUCCAACCCUCUCAAACGCAAACUUGCUCUCGACACCAUCGCCGCCGAAAAUUCACUCCCGGCAACUACCGAUUCCGGCGUUAAGGUUAUUGUGAGGAUGAGGAUAAGGAUAAGGAUCUUGGCUGGAGAUCAUCUAUACAGAAUGGAUUACAUGGAUCUUGUGCAGAGUCACAUUGACAGAAAUGCGGAUAUUACAGUAUCAUGCGCUGCUGUUGGUGACAGCCGCGCAUCAGACUUUGGAUUAGUCAAAGUAGAUAGCAGAGGUCGCAUCAUCCAAUUUUCAGAAAAACCUAAGGGAGCUGAUCUUAAAGCAAUGCAAGUAGAUACCUCUCUUUUUGGAUUGUCACCUCAAGAUGCAAUAGCUUCGCCAUUUAUUGCAUCUAUGGGGGUUUACGUAUUCAAGACCGAUGUUUUACUCAAGCUUCUGAAAUGGAGGUAUCCCACAUCCAAUGACUUUGGAUCUGAAAUCAUUCCAGCAUCAGUGAAGGAAUACAAUGUCCAAGCGUUCUUUUUCGGAGACUAUUGGGAAGACAUUGGAACAAUACGAUCAUUUUACGAUGCUAACAUGGCUCUUACCGAAGAGAGCCCAAUGUUCAAAUUUUAUGAUCCCAAGACACCUAUUUUCACAUCUCCAAGAUUCUUACCACCAACGAAGAUUGAUAAAUGCAGGAUUGUGGAUGCAAUAAUCUCACAUGGCUGUUUCCUGAGAGAAUGUAGUGUGCAACACUCCAUUGUGGGUGAACGUUCGCGUUUGGAUUAUGGCGUUGAGCUCAAGGACACUAUAAUGAUGGGAGCAGACUAUUACCAAACCGAAUCUGAAAUUGCUUCUGAGCUAGCAGAGGGAAAGGUUCCGAUUGGGAUUGGAAGGAACAACAAAACCAGGAAGUGUAUAAUAGACAAGAAUGCUAGGAUUGGGAAAGAUGUCAUCAUCAUGAACAAAGAUGGUGUUCAAGAAGCAGAUAGACCUCGGGAUGGUUUUUACAUCCGAUCAGGAAUCACAAUCGUGAUGGAGAAGGCAACAAUAGAGGAUGGCACUAUCAUAUGACUUAUAGAGUAUUCCAACCAGCU